ACAGUUUUCCCAACGUGUUUACAGAAGUAGUUCCGCCCCUUUUUAGUAGGACAACGAAAUUGCAGUUUGUGUCAGCAUGUUGUUAUUAAUAAAUACUUAUAAAGAACAUAGCUAGCAACAACACAUUUUCUACACAUAUUGCAAUAUUCAACAAGUCAGUCUAAAAGUAACGUGUUCUCUUGAUAACCAUCGAGCUUGCCACAGGAAACUAACGUUUGCUGCGUUAGUAGCUAGUUAGCUACUUACAAUAACUAGCAAUAACGUUAGCUAGCUAGCUUGUGUUGAUGUUUAGCCCAGUUUUAUGGAACGUGAACAACAGUUGAAGGGUGUGCUGGAAUAGCGAAUUCCCCCAUAUAUUCCAUCUGCCUCUGUGGGGAAGCAGAUCACCAUGAACUGCCGUUCGGAGGCUCUAGAAGUGUCGGUGGAGGGAAGACAGGUGGACGAGGCCAUGUUGGCUCUGUUGCACACUAUCUUACUGCAUCGCAGCACUGGGAAAUUUCACUACAAGAAAGAGGGCACCUACUCCAUUGGUACUGUUGGCACACAGGACAUUGACUGCGACUUUAUUGAUUUCAGUUUUGUUCGUGUUUCUUCCGAUGAGCUUGAUAGGGCCAUCAGGAAAGCAGUAGGAGAAUUCAAGGAUGCCAUGGGCAAUGGGAUGGAUGGAAUGGGACAAAUCUCACUGGAGUUCUACCAGAAAAAAAAGUCCCGCUGGCCUUUCUCUGAUGAGUGUAUUCCCUGGGAGGUCUGGAGCAUCAAGGUCAAUGUCGUCAACCUGGCCAACGAGCAGGAGAGACAGAUCUGCCGGGAGAAAGUGGGUGAGAAGCUGGGUGAGAAGGUGAUCAACAUCGUGGAGGUGAUCAACCGGCACGAGUACCUACCCAAGAUGCCCACCCAGUCGGAAGUGGACAAUGUGUUCGACACCAGCCUCAAAGAUGUCCAGCCUUACCUGUACAAAAUCACUUUUCAGAUCACUGAUACGCUGGGCACCUCAGUGAGCACCACCAUGAGAAGGCUAAUAAAAGACACCUUAGCACUGUGAAGUCACCUCAAAAUGAUGUGCAUCUUAAAACAUGGCUGUGGGUAGCCUGGUUCCAAAUAGUUUGGGCUGCCUUGUCAACUCUUAUGGUUGUGACCAUAGGAUGACCAUAGAAGUUGGCAAGAAAACACAAACAGAUCUGGGACAAGGCUAAAUUGUGGGCUUUAUUGACUAUGGGAUGUAAUUGCUUCAUUGACAUGGGCAUUUGCAGGCCCGUGGGUCUUAACUAUUAGUUAGUACGCUAGAAGUACAACCACCCAAUGUCUAAUCAGAAAGUAAAAUCAGUUUAUUUUUUGUUUUUUUAUUUUACCGUAAUUUAACCAGGUAGGCUAGUUGAGAACAAAUUCUCAUUUACAUCUGUGACCUGGCCAAGAUAAAGCAAAGCUGUGCGACACACAAUAAAAGAGUUACACAUGGAAUAAACAAACACAGUCAAUAACACAAUAGAAAAAGUCUAUAUACAGUGUGUGCAAAUGAGGUAAGCAGUGUGUGCACAUUUGUAAGCAGUCAUUUUACAAUCCUGGUUAUCAAUGCCUACUCUUUCUCUAAAUGCCUUUGUCAACACUGAAACAUGACCGUUCACAUCUGAUAGUACAGAGUAUAACAUUGUCAAGUACCAUUUUUGCUUUUAGUUUUUUUGUAUGAACAAAGUGCUACAAGUAACAUGUCUGUCUGAAACAGGUUCACAUUUAAUAACUGCUUCAUGGAAGUUUUAAUUAUCUUUUCAAGUAAUUGUAAAGUAAUUUUCUGAUUUAUGUUUGACAUUUGCUUCUAAGAAAAUGAUGUGAAGAAAGAUGUUUCACUUUUGAAAAUAAAAUGUAUCACCUGAAUUAA